CCUUCAUCUCACCUCCAGCCGGCUUGAGCACCCUCCUCCUCCUCCUCCUCUUGGAUCACACAGCUCGCCUGCUUUUGUCCACUUUCUCUUUCUCUCUCACACCUCUCACUCUCUCUCUGCUGUCUCUCGUCUUUUACCUCUCUUUCUCUCUCUUUCUGUCUCUUUCUCUUUGUCUGUCCUCCACUUCUCUUCAGCCGCCAGAAGCUCGCAGGCUCGCCCGCUCUUCCUUCAACCAGUGAGGAUUCAGAAUCACCUGGGACGAAGUCUCUGUCACUGGAGCUAAAAUGGCAAUGAGCAGCAUCCUCAACACUGAUGACAUCAAGAAAGCUCUAGAUGCAUUUGCAGUUGCUGAUUCCUUUGACCAUAAGAAGUUUUUUGAGAUGGUGGGUCUGAAUGCCAAGUCUUCUGAUGAUGUGAAGAAGGUCUUCACGGUGCUGGAUGCUGACAACAGCGGCUUCAUAGAGGAGGAGGAGCUCAAAUUCGUCCUGAAGGGUUUCGCCAAGGAUGGCAGGGACCUGACAGACAAAGAAACCAAAGCAUUUUUACAAGCAGCUGAUAAGGAUGGAGACGGCAAGAUUGGAGUCGAUGAAUUUACUGCCCUGGUGAAAGAAUAAACAGUCGCCUAGUGUGACUGACUAGCGCUCCAAGAUCACCUCCUAACCACCGCCACAUCCUAUCACCCGCUGAGCCCCCUCUCUCCCUCCCCAGCAGCUACACUUCACCACCCCCAUCAUGACUCCCAGCCCACUAGACUGCAACUGAUUCCUGCUACACACACUCCUGUGUGUGACCCCCUCACUCCCAUACAUCCUCAAAUACCCCCAUGAGCUACAUUCAUCCUAUUUAUUUUUUCCUUUUUAUACAAACUGUUCUUGUUUCUGUUUAUGUUUAGAUAUAAAAACUUGCCUGAAGGUAUAAAUCUCACAUUUUAAAGCAUAAAGUAGAUAUUUAAAGAAAACAGAGAUUUUAAGAGAAAGACCCUCAUUUCCUUCUGUGUUUCUGACUUCACCCUCUUUCUUAUCUCUUUGUUUUUCUUAACACUUCCUCCCACCCACCCUCUUUCUUUUUCUCCUCUUUCUGUUUUUCUCUUCUCUCUGUCUCUGGCACUGUUCCCUCCCUGCUUUUGCUCUCCUUUGUCCCCUCCCACACCAUCACCUCAUCCAUACAUCUAUCUAUUCAUAUCUAUCCAUCCCUUUCUCCUCUGGUAAUGAGCUGUUGUAAAACAUACCAAAAGAAGAAAGAGGUCAAGCUGUGAAAGAAUAAAAUAAAAUGAAGAAAACAAAGCCUCGAGAAACACU